ACUGCUUUGAGCUAUCUAGCCGAUUCUACGGGUUCGGAGACGGUGCUCCACUCUGUCAAGCUUCACCAAACUUUACAAGUGAUUUUAGUGCAAAAAGUUGUGAGAAUUAUCUGGAUUGAAUUAAAAGUGUUAAAAUGAGGGUGAUAGCAUUGUAUCUGGUGGUAGCUGCAACUUCUCUUGUAGAAUGCAAGCGGUACCGCAGCGACUACGUGGAGUACCCGGACGCCGGCGGCUGGCUCAAGCUGCACCGCGUACCUGCUAACUGGCAUGACGCCCGUCUACGGUGCCACCUCGAAGGAGGCACCCUGGCGUCUCCGCUGACUCAAAAGAUGUCAGAUGUGUUAAAGAGCUUCGUGGAAGACCACGAGCUGGGCUGCGGCAUCUUCACGGGCAUCCACGCCACCUUCUCUAGGGGAGACUUCGCAUCUAUCGAGGGAGUUCCCCUGGAGAGGAUCCCGCACCACUGGGCUUCUGGUGAGCCUGACAAUGACCAGGACUCGGAGCAGUGCAUCCUGCAGCUGAAGGAUGGCUCGCUGGCUGAUGUCAGGUGCAACGACACCUUCCCGUACAUCUGCUAUCGCAAGUACACCAACCAGAUAACCAACGCCUGCGGCACUUUUGACAAUGAGUACCAGCUUGACUCGCGCACGGGCAGCUGCUACAAGUUCCACCUGGUCCCGCGCACCUGGUCGCGCGCGCACAUGGCCUGCACGGCCGAGGGUGGCCAUCUGGCCGUCAUCAACAGCGGAGCCGAAGCCAAGGUCCUAGAGGAGCUAUUCGCUAAGAACCCGGCCGGCAAGCUGCAGGCCAGAGCGCCGUUCGGCAAGGACAUCGUCUUCAUUGGCUUCCAUGACUGGAACGAGCACGGAGAAUGGCUCACCGUCCAAGGGCAAACCCUAGAGGAGGCGGGCUACGCGCGCUGGUCGGGCGGGCAGCCAGACAACGGGACGCACAACGAGCACCGCGGGGAGUUCUGCGGCGGCAUCUUCCGCUCUGCUCAGCUGGAUGAUCUGUGGUGCGCGAUGCCGUAUCACUUCAUCUGUGAGAAGGCUCCCGACAGUUUGUUGUGGGAUUAACAGUAAACCAUAGAAACAACACCCAUAGGUUCCAUCACCUCGACGAUCUGUGGCGCUGCAUGACGUAUCAUUCAAUCUGUGAUCUGUGAGAAGGCCCCUGAUUAGUUUGCUGUGGGACGAACCGAAGAACCAUCACAACACCCGCACGUUCCACCUCCUCCACAACCUGUGGUGCGGCAUGCCGCAUCACUUCAUCUGUGAGAAUACACCACACCCGACAGCCUUUAAUUGUGGGAUGAACAGUGGAUCAACACUUCCAGUUCACCUCCAAGAGAGCUUCGGAUGCUGUUUUAUAAAUUUUUUGUUUAACUUUUUAUAAAAUGUAUUCAGUCGCUGUUAAAUACAGCAGAGCUAAAUGGGCAAGGUGUUUUAAAACAUCAAUACAAUACAUGUAACUUUUUUUGUUAAGAGAGCGUACGUAUGAGUACGUAGAUCGUUUUGAAGACUCUCCCCUUAACGUCUCUCAUACUUCUGUUGUUGACUGUCCAUUGCUAUUUGUUGUAACA